AUGUUCGGCCGCACCGCCCUGAGAGUGGCCGGCCGCCGCGUGGUCGGUCGCCCGCCCGCUUUCACUCCACUCGUCUCUCGUGCAGCUUUCAACUCCUCGUCGAAGAAUAGUGAUCCAGAAAUCCCGGUGGUCAGCUACAGACGGGGCGAGCGUCAAGAGACUACUGUGCAAUACGAAGCAAGCGGCAAAGGCAACGGUCCUGUCUCUCCUCCCGGUGCAGAUGAGGAGAAGAAAGCAAUCCCGCUCAAGGCGGAAGCUUUGAAGCACCUCACGCCAACCCUGCAGAAAUUUACGCUGACCGGCAAAGUCGCCGUGGUGACUGGCGGUGGUCGCGGACUUGGGUUGAACAUGGCCCAGGCCCUUGCAGAGGUCGGAUGUAGAGGCAUCGCCAUCAUGGAUGUGCAGCAAGAGCUUGGUGACAAAUCGGCCCGUGACCUCAGUGAGCAGACCGGCAUCGACGUCCGAUUCUACAAGGUCGACGUGCGUGAUGGCGACGCUAUAGGCCAGGCUGUCCGCGAUGUUGUUGAACACUAUGGCGACGUGAACGUGCUUAUCAACGCUGCCGGCAUCGCAGACUCCAACAUCAAGGCUGAGACUUAUGAUGCCGAGAAGUUCCGGAGGCUGCUCGACAUCAACAUCACUGGUACUUUCCUCACCACGCAGGCCGUGGCUCGCGAAAUGAUCCGCCUCGGAACUGGUGGCAGCAUCGUCAACAUUGCCUCCAUGUCGGGCACCGUCGUCAACUACCCGCAAGAGCAAUCAUGUUACAAUGCCUCCAAGGCUGCUGUCGUACAAUUGACCAAGUCGCUGGCCGCGGAGUGGGCACGAUACAACAUUCGCGUGAACGCAAUCAGCCCAGGCUACAUGGACACUGCUCUCAACCGUGUUCCUGCUCUUGAGGCUCAGAAGCGUAUCUGGAUCGACCACACUCCCCAGAAGCGACUUGGAGCUGUGGACGACCUCAACAACCUGGCAGUCUACCUUGCCAGCGAUGGCUCAGCCUUCAUGACUGGCAACAACUGCCUCAUCGAUGGUGGCUACACUCUCUGGUGA